AUGGCUCGACUAUGCCGAAAACAAAAUUUAUUUUUCUACCUCGUCUUUGUGUGUUUUGCAUUUGGAUGUUUGUACAUGAUGAUAAGCAUUACUCAAAUCGAGUUUGAUCAGGGAUCAAUUAAAAAUCCAGAAAACUCAGAGGAGCUUGAUUCAAAAGUCGGGCAGCAGAAAUUUCUACCUGGUGAUAAUGGAGGCCCAGCGGACAUUCUUGAUAAAUCUGUGGAGCUGUUUGCGGGGCUGAAUCCCAAAGUUGCUGCGGGUCUAAAACUGGGAAGUGCAGAAAAACUGGCUGAUGAUAAUAACAAUAAACCCAAAGUUGUAACUGUGGAAUCGCUAGUUAAAGACGCUGAUCACUUCGUAAACAAUUUCCCUCCACCAAAUUAUAAUAUCCAUGUGUUUUACUAUCCCUGGUAUGGAAAUCCAGAGUAUAACAGGAAGUACGUCCAUUGGAAUCACGGGUACAUCGAACAUUGGGAUAAAAAAAUAGCAACUAAGUGGCCAACUGGUCGCCACCAGCCUCCGGAUGAUAUCGGAUCUAAUUUUUAUCCAGAAUUAGGGUGUUACAGUUCUAGUGACGUUGACGUGAUGGAUAAUCAUAUGCAACAAAUCCGAUCAGCAGGAAUCGGUGUGGUUGUUGUGUCUUGGUAUCCACCGGAGCAAUCAGAUCCAGAGGGUAUUCCUAGUGAUUCCUUAAUUAUACCACUGUUAGAUGCAGCUUAUAAGUAUCAACUGAAAAUUGCCAUACAUAGUGAACCGUACAAAGAUCGAGAUGACCACACUUUAAAAGAAGAUGUGAAAUACAUUAUUGAUAGUUACGCAGCACAUCCUGCUUUUUACACCUACGAGACACAAGGUAGAAUGGUACCGUUGAUAUACGUUUAUGAUUCGUAUCUCACAAAACCUCAACAGUGGAAAAGACUUCUGAAACCUGAUGGCAAACACAGCAUCAGGGGAACACGUUACGAUGCGAUAUUUAUUGCACUUCUCGUUGAUCUGAAACAUAAAAACGAAAUCAUCAGUUCGGGAUUUGAUGGAUUUUAUACCUACUUUGCAACGAAUGGUUUCACUUAUGGAUCAGCUCAUAAAAACUGGAAAGAGCUUUCUAGAUUUGCCGGGAAUGCAGGAUUGAUGUUUAUUCCCAGUGUUGGGCCUGGGUACGUGGACACGAGAAUCCGUCCAUGGAAUGCCCAAAACACACGACAGCGAAUGGGCGGUAAAUAUUACAACGAUGGAUUCCAGCAAGCUUUUGAAGCUGAUACCGAGAUUAUAUCGAUAACAUCGUUCAAUGAGUGGCAUGAAGGUUCUCAGAUAGAAAAGGCAGUGCCAAAAAAGACUCCACAGUACACAUACAUGGACUAUGCACCUCAGAAAUCGGAUUACUAUCUACAGACAACAAGGGACUGGGUUGACAAAUUUGCAAAAAAACAAGAGAAUAACAAACUUAAACUAUAG